UCAUCAUCGUCAUCAUGUUUAUCGAUGAAUAGAUUAACAUUUUUUGAUAAUAAAAAUAUCAUUCGAUUAUCAUUAAAACCUGUAUCAUUGUUGCCACAACGACCAAUGACAUCAUCAUCACAUAACAUGUACGGUAUUGGUCGACCAAAACAACAAUCACCAUCGUCGACAUUGAUUCGAGUGUUUUCAUCCAAUUCAACAUCAAAUAUCAACAACAACAACAACAACGUGAAUAACGAUGAUAAUGAUAAUAAUAAUGGUGAUAGUGGUAGUGAUAGUGGUGAUAACAUUCUUAUCGAUAAUGGUGAUAGAAUCAAAUGUUGCUGGAAAUGUGAUAAGCCGUUACAUGAAAAUCGUCAUCAGUCGAAUGCAACUAAUGGAUCGAAUACUCAGGUGCUGCACAACGACAACAACAAUGAUGUAAUCAUUAAAUGUCCACAUUGUUCAGCAUUACAGCCAAUUUCUAAGAAUGUUGACUAUUUUCAACUAUUCAAUCUCAAUUCAAUGGUAAUAGCAAAUAAACAGCAGCAACCGUAUUGGAAUUAUGAUAUCGAUUUGGAAAAGUUACGAAGAAAUUAUUUACGCUUGCAGCAAAAUAUGCAUCCGGAUAUGAACAUCAAUCGAUCAAAUAUUGAAAGUGAAUUCUCGUCAACGAAUUCAUCGAUUAUCAAUGAUGGCUAUAAAAUAUUACGUGAUCCAUAUCAACGUGCACUGUAUAUGUUGCGUUUAAUGUUCAAUAUAAUCAUCGAUGAAGUUAAUAUGGAUUCUGAACCGAACUCGUUACUCGAAAUAAUGGAAUUGAAUGAAGAAAUUGAAUUGGCCCAUAAUGAUCCUGAUAGUCUACGAGUGAUAAUGGAACAAUUGAAAGAAAAUAUGGAAAAAUUGAUGCAAAAUUUAACCAUUGCAUUCAAUGACUUGAACGCUAGUGAAGCUCGUACAUUGACAAUCAAAUAUUCAUAUUAUAAUAAUGCUAUGGCUAAAUUGAAAUCAUCACUCUAGAUUCUAGAUUAUAUAAUCCCAAAACAACAAUUUUAUUACCAAAUGUAGAGGCUCGCAAUUAGUCAUAUGAAAAACACACACAAAUGACACUUAUUAAUCAAAUGUUGUCCCAUUUUUUGUUACAUCACAAACACACAUACUGAAAAACACAAUCCAUUAUAUAUGAUAUGAUCAGAACUACUAUAACAAAAUAUACAAGUCGAAAAUUUACUGGAACAUGACAAUUGUUCUUUAAAAGAAAUGUGGAACAACCAUAGUGCCAAUUGAAUUGAUGAUUGGUUGGAACAAAUGUCAUGAUGCCAAUCCAUUCGAUCAAUGAAACUUGAAAUAAUGGGAAAUAUCAAUAUAUGAUGAUUUUGACCGGCAAGCCAAUCAAUUUUUGCAAAUAAAUUAAAAAUGAAUAAUCA